CUUUUCCCUCCCAGGAUGGAGCUAAGUCCCGACCUCAUCUCAGCCUGCCUGGCCCUGGAAAAGUACCUGGACAACCCCAACGCCCUCACUGAGCGGGAGCUGAAAGUGGCCUACACCACGGUGCUGCAGGAGUGGCUGCGCCUGGCCUGCCGCAGCGACGCCCACCCGGAGCUCGUGCGGCGCCACCUGGUCACGUUCCGGGCCAUGUCAUCGCGGCUGCUGGACUAUGUGGUCAACAUUGCCGACAGCAACGGCAACACCGCGCUGCACUACUCUGUGUCCCACGCCAACUUCCCGGUUGUGCGGCAGCUGCUGGACAGCGGGGUCUGCCAGGUGGACAAGCAGAACCGGGCUGGCUACAGCCCCAUCAUGCUCACCGCCCUGGCCGCCCUCAAGACCCAGGAUGACAUCGAGACGCUCCUGCAGCUCUUCCGGCUCGGAGACGUCAACGCCAAAGCCAGCCAGGCAGGGCAGACGGCCCUGAUGCUGGCCGUCAGCCACGGGCGCGCGGACGUGGUGAAAGCCUGCUGGCCUGCGAGGCGGACGUCAAUGUGCAGGACGAUGACGGCUCCACGGCCCUCAUGUGCGCCUGCGAGCACGGCCACAAGGAGAUCACGGGCCUGCUGCUGGCUGUGCCCAGCUGCGACAUCGCGCUCACUGACCGCGACGGGAGCACGGCUUUGAUGGUGGCCCUGGACGCAGGGCAGAGCGAAAUUGCGUCCAUGCUGUACUCCCGCAUGAACAUCAAGUGCUCGUUUGCCCCGAUGUCAGAUGACGAAAGUCCUGCAUCGUCCUCCGCGGAAGAGUAGCCAUGAGGGGGGACCAGAGGCGCCUCCCCUCUGAGGCCCGUCAGCCCCAGAGCGAACUGUCCCUCCUCCCUUGUUCCUGGUCCCGGCCUCCUCCCUGGCCAACCCCAUCAAACCCACCAAGGCCUCAGUCCCAAAGGCAAGUGGGUUUCUCCUGCUUCCCAGCAGUGACAAGACUCCAGCUAAGGCGGGCUUUUCCCGUCCCCAGUUCAAAGCAGCCACAGUGCAGACCGGAGCUACGUUCUCGUAGGAACUGGCGCCAGUGGCCGAUGCUGGCGUGGGUUUAUGGAGAACACAGAACAAUCGACUGGCAGUGAUGGAUGGAGGCGGGCGAGAGGGAAACGCAUUGUAUUUUGGAAUCACCAUCGGGGAAGGGGGGAAUCAUUACUUGUUGCCAAAUCUGAAAGUCACUGGAAAUGCAUAUUUUCAUUUUAAUCUUGAGUGUUAUUACUCACGGGUGGCGUCUGGAGUGGCUUAACUCCCCUUGGCCCCCCACAUGUAAUUGUCUGGUAUGUAAUAGUGUUUUGUCCACUCCCCAGACAGCUUUCUUGGGGGAAUUUUGGUCUCUUCACAAAACGGAUUCUGUCCCUGCCACCUGGAGUAGGAAAUUUAGCCCUUUCUUCUGCUCAGGUCUCUUCAUCGUUCAGGUCGGGGGGAGCCUCAGGACUCAGCAGCCCAGAGGUGUGAGCAGUUCAUAUCAAGAAAUUACCCCAACCCGGCCCCUCCCCACAUGGAGGCCCCAGCAAAUAUUAAUUUUCCUAGAAAAUCCUUCAGACCUGGAGACACAGGAAAUGAAUCCUGUUCCCAGAGUGGCUGCUGAGUCCCUGGGCUUCGAACCCAGGUUACGGGCCGUCCAGAUCCUCCUCAGGCUCCAGAAUUUCUCUCUUCAAAGGAAAGAAAACAGGCCAUGUGUGUGUUGGCAGCGCCUGGGGCCGGCUCCAGGAACCCCAUGUGUGCACAAUUAAAAAUUGGCUGCCCCCAGAGGGCUCCCAGCGCAAACUUAAAGAGGCAGGGCCUUGCAGAAAACCAAACAAGGGCCAGCUGGGGUUUUUUUGUGUGUGUUUUUUUAACCUACAGGCUUUCCGGAGCUGCCUGGAGCAGAGCCUGCUGGACUGGGGCUCGCCAGACACUCACAGUUUCCUUAAUGGCCUGUUUUGUUCCCAGGACCUCAGCAGAGUUUUCUUUCCUUUUCCUUCCUUCUGUGAACCAAAAAAAGAAAAGGGAUAGGCUGCGAGCCUCCGAAAGUGCCUCUGUGGCAGGGGAGUGAGACCCCUGGCUAAUAGGUGUCCUGCCUUCCGGCCAGUUGGCAGCCCCACUGCCAGGGUCGGAGCCAGGCCACGGAGGAGGGAGCGGGCCCUGAGUGCCCACGUGUCCAUUCAAUAAAGCGGAACGCUGGCUUCUCUCCUACAGAUGGAGUCUGGCUUGCUUUGAUUUUGAAGGGAUCAAAAUCUUUUUUAUUUUGUACCUAAGACAAAAGAGCUUGCUUGCAUGGUCAAAGGAGGGAGGCACCCCGGAGGGAGAGAGAGAGAGAGAGUGUGUGUGUAAGUUGGAGAGAAAAAACCAAAGCUGCUUGAGGAUGUCCACGGUAUUUGAUGGAAGGCUGCAGCUCUGAGCAGCGGUACCGUGUUGUGUGCCUGUGUGUCCUGGCCCGGAGCCAGCGGGUGCGUUUAUUUUAAGCUCCUACAAGCAGCUCACUGACACCAUAUUUGUCCCUGUUCCCCUCUCCCCUGCUUGGCAUGGAGGCUACAGGGGGUCCUGCCUUUGUCCCCAUUCUCUUCUCACGUGUAUUCAUGACCUUAAACUUUCCAACCACGGUACGUCCAUAAAGACAGUAUUACGCUUAAAUGAAGUAUUCUUUUUUGUAAUCAUUUUUUAGACGGUAAAGAAAUUUAAUAAAGCUACUUUAUGAUAAUGCCAA